AUGACUGCUAUCAGACCGUUCGAGAUGGAGCGGCCAAGACACCGUCCGUUUCUGAUCGGUGUUAGCGGAGGAACGGCCAGUGGCAAGGUAGGUAACUAAUAAUAGCUAGCGUGCCUUAUCUAGCUGUAUGGGUUAGUAAGAGUCAAUUUAUGCUUGAUCCGAAAAUGUGGUCGGAGACGCCGUAAUGGUGGUGGCCAGAUUGAGCUCUGUACGGCAUCGCCGUGUUGUAACAAUGCGGAAGGCUCCGUAUAGCUCCGCGUUGACAUGAUUGAGGGCGGAAGGUCCUGUGUAAACACAAACUCACUAACUUGACAACUUCCUUCACAUCAGCUCUGCGCCGCGAAGCAUGAAUGCCUUGACUUCUGCAGAGGCCAUAUCACCGUAAAUACUGCACGGCAGAUCAGAGAUUGACCAUGAAGCGCCUUUAAUUUUAGGUCACAUCAACAAACAGUAACGUUAGUCGGAAACGUUAGCGUAGAAUCCCGUAUUAUCGGCAUAUUCAACAGCGUUUAAGAAAUAUAUUACCUUCAACAGUGUUAUCUUGUGAUCAAGCCUUCAAUGUUUUGUGAUUAUUGGUGUCGUAAAAAUGUUAGCUAACGGUUUAGCAAUUAGCAAGUUUGACAUUUCAUUUGAAAAUAUUACUGUUAUCUGCUUUUGAUAAGCGGUUUAGCAAAAAAAUACGUCCCGUAUUAUCUGUAUACGGCCCCCAGUUAUUGGGCACCUUACUAUUUUGUUCAAUUACAAGAUAUAUCCGUUUAAUUUUGUUGAAAAAAGAGACACCAACCACGUACCCGAAGUGUUUACUAGAUAGUUGACUAGUUGGCUAGUCUUCAGGUAAAAAAUAAUGAUUUGCCUGUCAACUUUUCAUUGCGUAGCCCGGUGCGCCCUCUUGUGGACUCUUAAAAAAUGGUUCUUCACCAACAUAUUCAGUGUUGUAACCAAAUGAAAUAUGAGUAUUAAUAAUUUACAUCAAAUACACUUUAAUUUCAGUUAUGUGCAUUAACAUAAAACAAUGAAAACACUGUUGGAGUUUGUGUUGCAGAGGUGCACUUGGAAAGUAAAGGAAGAAAUACACAAGAUGGGUUCAAUAAAUAUAUAUAUUAUAUUUUAGACAUUCAUUUUUUUGAACAAAUAAAUAAUUUCAUAUGAACACAAACAAAACAAACAAUUAAAUAUCGACCUCCAUCCCUAUAUUGUCACAAAAAUCACAAUAAAAAUCCAGCUCCACCGCUACCUCUUGAUCCCACUGCACACACCUGCAGUGGAACCAGUGCUGGCAAAAGUCACAGCACACCCAUGGCACCUCGGAUCUACACUCCUGAGAGGAGCUUGCAGGCGGAUCACGCUCCCCGCAGCGAGCACAGCAGGUGGUGUCUUCUUUUAUAAAAAAUUAAAUAAUAAUACAAAUUGAUUAAUAUGGUUUUGCAAAAUGUAGAAGUUCUUCAACAACAAUAGUAAUUGAUACAACUGAGAGAGCGAGAAAAACAGAUUAUGAAGUACCUGAGAGUGGUGCCAUGGGUGGUGUGACAGAUGUGACCGGUGUAGCUUUUCUCUUCCUUUUCUGUGCUGCAGUUUGAGAAAAAGUAGUGUUAGACAGAGCAUGUUGCAUGAAAACCCUUUUCAACUUUUUUACAUCAAUACCUCUGGAGGAAGCUGCAGAGGUUUUGGAGGAGGCGGAGAUGACUUGAGGGCUGGUGCUAUUUACUGUAGAUAUAUAAAGAUAUAUAUAUAUAUAUAUAUAUAUAUAUAUUUUUUUACAUUGCUGUUUUAUAAAACAGAUAACAAACAGUCAUUUUUUCGUAAUUUAACAUGUGUUUACCUGUGGAGGUGGUGGUAUUCAAAUUGCAGGGGGCAGGGACACCAGACGAGGCUGCUAUGGUGGUGUGACCAGGGGAGACGGAGGAGGCAGUUGGUCCAGAGGAGGCCGUGUUGGUGGUGACAGACAUGGGGGGUGGUGUGCAUUGGGGUGGUGGUGGACAAAACCGCCGACGAUGGCUUGGAGGAGCUGGUGUUUGUAAUGGUGGGGUUGAGGGGCCGACGAUGGUGUGGCCGGGAGAGUAGGCAUGUGGCCUUCUUCUGCAGCUGGGGACUCCGGCGGCUCCUACAGGUGUUGCACACUGGGAGGCACUGGCAGUGGUGAUGCAGCUGUCAGGAGUGGUUCCAGCAGGGGGUCCAGCAGAGGCGAUGGCGUCAAUGGUCUCAUCCAUGGCAGCCCUCUCCUGUGCCCUCUGUGUUCUGAGGGCUGCCCGACGCUCUUUCUCCUCUGCCCCGGCCCUCUCCUUCUCACCCCUCUCCUGCCACUGGCGCGUGUAUUCCUCCCCGGUGAGGCAUGUGGCGACCACAGGGAGUCUUCUGUAUCGGUCCAGCCGAUACUUCAGGACAGUAAGGAUGUGCCCCAGGUCCUUCGCUAUCAGCCCCCCCUCUAUUAGGGGGUGCUCUUCUAGAGCUAGGGAUAGGACUGGAGCAGCGGCUGGGACUGGGGCAGGGGCUGAGGGUCCUCCUGUGGUCGCUGGGGAGGAGGUGCUGAUGGAUGGCACAUUGCUGCUGGUUCCAGUAGAGGCGGUGUUGGGACCCGGUAGGGUCCGAGACGGCAUUAAACGGGACCCUUCAAUGGCUGAAGGGUCAAAAGGGAAGAGGCCACACUUCUUAAACCCUUCCACCACAUAGCGCAUGUCCUUGCAUCGCUGGUACGGGUAGCGGAAUACUCUGGCAAAUUCUGAUUUGUUUACCAUGUAGGAGUGGUCAAAAUGGCUAAGGUCUCCAGCUACCUUGGAGAACUCAGCCUUUAAAGGGCCAAAGUAUGCCACGUCCAGCGGCUGCAGGACAUGGGUGCAGUGUGGUGGAAGACAAAGAAGUAUAACCCCUUCCCUUAGUGCCACCGCGAGCACUUCCGGGUCCAUGUGGCUCUUGUGCCCAUCAAAGAGGAGAAGGAGAGGGCGCUCUUUCACUGCAUACUUAAUGAAGUGCUGAAACCACUUCCUGAACAGGUCCCCGUCAAUGUAGCCACUGCUUGACUGUCCAUACAAGGCUUGGGGGGGGCCUCCCAGUGUGUAGUGGCCACCGGGGAAACACUUGGGGUAGAUGAUAAACGGGGGGAUGUCCUCCCCAGUUGCGUUGAAGCAGGCCAGCACUGUGAUGUGCUCCUUGGUCCCCGGAGCCUGCUGGUACACGUGUUUUGCGCCCCUUGGAGCCAGCACUUUGUGCCUGCUCUGGUCGCUACGAAACCCAGACUCAUCGCAGUUAUAGAUUUGUCUGGGUUUCUCCCUCAACCCACUCUCCUCCAAGUGCUUCUCAUAAGAAGCGAAGAAGGUGUCCAUCGUCGGACGUGUGGCACACUCAGCUCUCCCCCUAUCCAGGGUGUCCGGCCUCCUCAUGCUUAGGUUCUUGUGCCUCCUCCUGAACAUUUCCCACCACCUCUUCCCCAGUGGUGGGAUUGUUUCCCCUGGGUGCCGAAACCUACAAUAGAAUAGAAUAUAUAAUUGUCCAUCCAGGAUGAAAAUGUUUGUUUUGGCAUCACCAUACACAUACACAUUUACAUCACACACAUUGAUAACAGUCAGUCCAGCAUUCUACAUACAUAAACACAUAGAACACCAAAUACCUGCGUAUUUUGUCGGCGUAUUUCAUCAGCCUCUGUCUGGUGAAGGGGAACCCAUGGCUGGCGCAGUAGAUACAGUACUGCACCAGAGACUUUUCAUCCUCUGGUGCAAGCAAUGUGGGUGGUCCACUGCGACAACCAUGGGUCACCCGGCCGCUCAGCCUGUCCGCCAGGGUCUGCCGAGGUACACCAUGCACCUUGGUAGAUAAGAAAAGAAAACUGUUACUAGCAGAUAAAAUUCACAUACACAUGGUAAUCUCCUAAAAACAAAAGAUGCCUAACCUUGGCAGCCUGGCGGAUAGCCAUCCCUGCCCCGCAGUCCUCCAUGGCAUGGAACAUGUCCACCUCACUCCACUGCUUCCUCUUGACUUUCUCCAUGCUGCAGUGGUAAAUACAUGUAGCUAAAUAACUUGGCAUACUAUACACAUUUUAGAAAGAUAACUCAAUCUGAAUAUGUAUAAACAUUUACAUUUCAAAGCUAAGGCAUUGAAAGGUGAUGAAAGUUUUCACAAUAACUGAAAGUGUACCCACGUUUUUUGUUUGAUGUUAUCUGUAAUGAAAAUUAGUGUCCCAAUUAGUGUAAUAUUGAUGCAUACAUUGUACCAUUUAACUAAAUACUGCCUCUAUGUAGCUGUUGUAAGAUGAAACAUAGCCAACAGUGAUUAGGUGUCAAAAAGUUAAUGGUUCAAAGUUCCAAAUACAUUUUUGCAGAUUGUGCAAAACGCCUCCGUCAGAGGACUCCAAUUUUGAUACGGUAAAGCUUGACAACAUGCAGCUGUUUUCAUGAUAUGUAUUAUCUAACACUUACAAUUUCUUUCCUUUUUGCUUACUUAGCAGUUCUAUCAACAUUUAGCAACUAAGAUAGCAACAUUAGAACAUCCGUUAGCUAUAUUUCAGAGGUAAAAAGUUGGAUAUUAAAUUAGGUGUGGUCUGUCGCGCAGUCGAAUUUUACAAUAUGCAGCGUGUUCCACAAAAUGUGUACAUAUAACUUUUUUGAAAACUCUCAAAACCUAACUUAACUUACAGAAAUUGCACUGAAAAUCGGUGGUCAGCUAGCUAAAAGGGUGUCGUUAGUCACAAAACGUACCGUUAUUUUUCAGUCCAUUUAAAUGUUGAGCUCGAGGUGAUUCAGUCCUCCAACCGCUAGAGAGUGUCCGAGGUCAGGGGGUGUCUGAUGUUUGGGGAAAAUUAGCUAGCUUUCGUUUCCCCAUGCACUGAGAGCAGACACGCCCCUGUACCAAAACAUGAUAACAAUUUGUAUUUUCUUUGGCCUAAUAAUUUACGAACGUCUGUUUUCAUAAAUUUAAGGCACUUAAAGUUAGCUAGCUAAUGGUAUACAGCUAGCUAGCUAUCUAGUUAGAAUUAUUGCACACUCUUAGCUUGGUUGUGAUGAAUGACUAGUGUGACUGAACUGAAACGUUUGAGCUGAUAUGAUUGAACUGUGGCGUUUGAUGUUUGACCCUGCAAAAUACUGGUUAAACAAUUAGACUGAAAUAAUUUGGUUUAUUGUUGAAAUAUAAAUAUGCACCAACUUUAACUAAUUAGGUGGGAAUGAUUUGAUUUAAAUAAAUAGACUAAAGUACUUUAAAUAACGGCAGAAUAUUGGGAACACUAAAACGAAAAACAGCUCUUCAAAAGAGCCUACUCCCACUGAACACUGGAGAGAGAGUUGCGAGGGGAGGGGCUGGAGAGAGCGAAAGUGUGGCUUUUGGAGCCAGGAAAGACUGGAAAUGGCACAUUUAUUACUGAGGUAAGGGAAGAGAGACCGAAAGCGAGAGAGAGAGAGAAGGAGGCGGUAAGAUGGGAGAGGGAGGUGAGGUGGGGGUCGGGUGUUGUAGCAGUUGCUAGGCGACCAUUGCAUGUAUAAAUUAGGGAGAGAAAAAUAGUUUGUGUCACAGUGUGUGGCUAGCCUGUCUGAUGACUCCAGCAGAACGUGAACAGGGGACCAGUCAGAGGUUGUGUGGUGUGGCUAGCCUGUCUGAUGACUCCAGGGGAAUGUGAACAGGGGACCAGUCAGAGGUUGUGUGGUGUGACUGCCAUGAGCUAGCUGCCUGUCCCUCCCUGAGUCUGGUAAAUACCUAAAACAAUCUCCAAAGAAAAUGCCAUACCUCGCCAUAACUGCAGAAACAGAGAUAUGGCAUGGCUGGCUGUUUUAAUUAUUUAAAAGUUAACAUUUUAGAAGACACUUUUAUCCAGAGCGACUUCCAGUAGUGAGUGCAUACAUUUCCGUUCUCUUCUUUUCUUUUAUACUGGUCCCCCAUGGGAAUCGAACCCACAACCUUGACAUUGCUCUACCAACUGAGUCACAAGGGACAACAUUCAUGGCUUGUGGGGCCAUGUGUGGUGCCGUCUGCAGAUUAUGGAGCAUGUAUCUAAGGGCUGGUAGCUAACCUGUAGACUACUCCGCCCUCAUGUGAACUAAGAUAAGGGAAACAGAUCACAAUUCUAAAACUGAGAAAGAACCCUAACUAGGAACGACCAUUUCCAUUUUAGUCAUUUAGCAGACACUCUUAUCCAGAGCGACUUACAGUUAGUGAGUGCAUACAUAUUUAAUUUUUUUCAUACUGGUCCCCUGUGGGAAUCGAACUCACAACCCUGGCAUUGCAAACGCCAUGCUCUACCAACUGAGCUGAACGGGACCAUUGAUGAGGGCAACAUUAAAUUGAUACAUAAGAACACAUACUGUAGGGACGAUUUCUAAUUUAUGCACACUCACUUUUCUCACUUACUUAAAUGUAACAUUGAUAUCAGUGCAUGAUUUACACCAAACUGAGUUACUUAUAUAAAAACACAUGUAAAGUUUUUGGCCCAAGUAAUGGUCCCAUAGUGUGUUUGUCAUUGAGUGUAUGUGUGGAGUGUGACAGCAGCCUGUGUUACCUUGUGUUGUGUAGCAGUGCUUUAACAGGUGAACUGAUCCUGUUAGUGGCUUAGUGUUGAGCUAAAUCAGAUUAGCUUUCUUCAGUCACCUAGCCUAUGGAGGCCCGUAGCCCACCCACACUGAGCUUGGUCCCGUUUUCUCUCUCUCUCUCUCUCUCUCUCUAAAUUCAAAGGGGUUUUAUUGGCAUGGGAAACAUAUACUGCCAAAGCAAGUGACUCAAGUGAAUUACACAAGCAAGUAAUUAACUCUUUCCUUUAUUCAGAAACGACGAAACAGGUCCAAUUCCUUCAAGCAUCACAAAACACAGUGGGAACUCAAGCCAUGCAUCAAAUGACCGAUUGCUUUAAUUCGAUUCACCCCUGUGGCUACAGUAGUCCAUGAGGCAUAGGAGGUUGGAUGUUUUGUCCCCUCAGGAGUAAGAGCUCAAUUCUAAAUAGCCUUUGUCUCAAAUGGCACCCUAUUCCCUACACAGUGCAUUACGUUUGACCAGGGCAUAGGGCUCUCGUCAAAAGUAGUGCACUAUAUAGGGAAUAGUGUGCCAUUUGGGACACAGGCUAAAUCCCCUUGUUGUCCCUUGGCUGGUUCCACUACCAAGCCCACUGAGACAGACCAGCCGGUCGUCUCCAGUCUUACCUGAUCUGUAGGGCCACACUGGUCACUCUAAUCUAACCUGAUCUGUAGGGGCCCGCUGGACCCUUAUUGUUGUCAGAUGAUGGUCAUAAUGGAGUAAUCUCUGAGAAAUAGAUUGAUUUCUACUGUAAUCUCCUAAACCCAAGUGACCUUUACAACUAUGGCUGGCUGCUUCAGGCUUUGAAAUAAGGGAGCAACAUAGAGCUUACUUAGGUUUCUCUUUCUCUUCCUUCAGCAAACAUUAUGGUAGUGCCUGUUACUUAUCCAGGUCUUUAUUCAGUAGUAGGCUACCUGUAGCUAUUUGAUUUGGGUUUGUAUUAAACUAUUUGAUUUGGGUUUGUAUUAAACGGAAGUCAUUUUCCCAAAUGUUUGGGAAAAUGACUUCCGAACAGUGAAUUUUUUGCUAAACCUCACAUUCAAACCAACAUAGUGAGGCAUGAUACACUUGUUUUAGACCACCACACGAUUACAUCACUGUGCCAGAGGAACAGGGUACGCUCUGUGUGUUUUCAUAAGGAAACAAACAAUACAAUCACUAGACCUCCAUCCAUAUUAUUGUGACAUUUCUGUUAAGCCAUUUGAGAACUUUACAACAAAAUGUCUCAAGUAGCUAUUCGCUUUUGAUUUUCCCAUACAAUAACACCUGAGUGUAUUUUCAGAGGGAAACAUUUAAGAAAAAAUGAUUUAUCAAAUAAGAAGCCAAACAUUUUGGUCUGACAGUCUGAAGUGUAGUGGCCAAUAUCAAUAAAGUAGGCCUAUAUAUACUUAUCCAAAGCUCUCAGUUAACAGUCAAUCAUUUUCUAGAACUAUUUUUCUCUACCACUUUGAGAGGGCAUUUCAGUCAUAACCUUGUGUUAUAGUUGGGUUUUGUUUAGCUUGGAAUGAAUAUCUCUUGAUUAUGUUUUCUAUUUUUCCAAUACCAGAUUUGAAUUACGCAAUUUCUAACAGUUGUCAUGCAGGAAUAGGAGAACUCGUGAUGUGAUGUGACAUUGCUAAUGAAAUGGGGACGUCUCUUGCCACCAAGCCAUCAAUUAAACUAACGUUAGUGUCUUGUUUUCUGUCUGUGAGAUUAUUUUGAAAUGUGUCAGCUACUGCUCUCUGCUCCAACCUCAUCAUCAAACUGAAAAUAUGCCAAAUGUCAACACAUUUCCUGCGUGUGACAGGUCUUUAACAUGGUAUAUUACACACAAUUCAUGGAAACUUUACUCAACUCACAAAAUGUUGAAAUACACAUAACCCCUUUCUAUGUGAUAGAUUUAGCUAAACUCUGCUAAUCUAGGAAAUAAUAAACCUGUCUGUUUUUUUGUCAACAGUAUGUGCCAAAAUCAUGGAGUUGCUGGGCCAGAACAAGGUGGACCAUCGUCAGAGGAAAGUUGCUAUCGUCAGCCAAGACAGUUUCUACAGAGUCUUGACACCUGACCAGAAGGCCAAGGCACUCAAGGGCCAUUACAACUUUGACCACCCAGGUGGGGGUGGCAGGUAGCUUAGCGGUUAAGAGCGUUGGGCCUAAAGAUUGGACCGAAAGGUCGCUGGUUAGAAUCCCUGAAUUGCUCCUGUAAGUCGCUCUUGAUAAGAGCGUCUGCUAAAUGACUAAAACGUAAAUGUAAAAUGUACUACAGGCCUGUAUGAAUUGUAAUAACAUAAGUAUAAUCGUUGUAAUAACAUAAGCUCUCAGUCAGUCACUUAUCACUUAGAUAACGUGGAUUUAGUUAAUCAUGGCGUUUAAUGAAUCUUUGCUAGAAUUAUAAAUGGCUAAUGUUCUGGCUGAACAGUGUAAUUGAGUUAAUAACCUUAAUGUUUAUUACAGAUGCUUUCGACAAAGAGUUGAUGUACCAAACCCUGAAGGAUAUUGUGGAGGGGAGUGUGGUGGAGGUGCCGACAUAUGACUUUGUCACGCAUUCCAGGUGAGAAGGAAACAUUCCAUCCAGACCCAGUGUACAGAAAUGCCCCUUCUUGAAUUCAGACAGACGGGAUCAAAAAUGCCCACCCUCCACAUUCCAGAGCUCAGAUAGAUGACCCUUGACCUAAAGAAAAAGAAAAACCAAAAGAACUGGGUGUAUUCAUUAGUCUGAUUUCAUUGCAUUAGUCUGUUGCAAAACAUUUACUCCAAACUGAAAACUUUGUGCAAUGAAAACAAGUUUAUUUUGGACAAAUUCAGAUGGGUCUCUCCCCGUUUCGUUUAGUCUGUAUGCUUCCGUUUGGACCCUAGAGUAAACGGUUUCCGUUGCAAAACGUUUGGCAAAAGACCAAACGGUUUGCACACUAGGGCAGUUCCCAACUAAAUAAAAUCCUGGUUGACCCGAGAGUCGUCUGUUCUUUUGACCAAUCGCUUUUAAAACGUGUAUUUUUCCAAACACCCUAUGUUUGAAUAAAAUCAACUAUAUGUAGGCUACGGAGCUUGUCUGAUGGUUUAAGCACUGCGAUUAAAAAUGAAGACACACAAAUGACUAAAGAGGGAGCCAGAGAUCAAUAUAGCCUAACCAGAAUUUAAAAAAAACUGUUCCUGACCCCCCUCCUCCCUCUACUGCUGGUCUUCGCAGAUUCUGCCGUUACGCUCCUGAAGUUGCCGGUAAUAGGCUACGCCAGCGGUCGGUAACCUUUUCCAUUUGGAGUGCCAAGUUAUCGUACCAUUUCUACUGAACUGCGUGCGUGCCAGUUAUGAUUUUCAUUUUCGUAGAACAGUUUCAUUUAAUUUAUAAUAGUCUUCAAAACUCAAAAUCAAUGUUGUGGUUAAUCAACAUUGAAAAUGAUACAAAUCUAAAAGUAACUUCUAUUGCCAUUGCCAACUAUGUAAAAAUAGCCUACAUAUAGCCAACAAAUAAAAACAUUGCAGCCUGCAGGUAGAAAAUAUCCUGAUAAAAAUAAAUAUACUAUAAAUCCCAUUGGCUACGCAUGGCCUGUCUGCAAGGAACUUAAAACAUUGUAUCAACUAUUAACUUGGUCCAGCCUGAUGCUCGUGCUAGCAAACUUGCAACAUUGUAUAAAAUGUUUUGGGCCCUCAGUUUCCUGUGCCAGUGAGUUCCGGACAGACAGACAACAGCUGUAGGCUAUUUUGCGCAAGGGAUAAGAAGUAAUCAGGUAGGCCUAUAUUGUGACGUUUCCACUGGAUCAGAGGAUGACAUUUAUUUUGCCUUUCAUGCUGUGUGGUUAUCGAAAGGGAGAGAGCUGGAAAUAAUUUUGAAAUAGGCUACGUUGAGGAACUAUUGUCAUUUUCAAUGGAUGUAAAAACAGACUUCAUUUACUUGCUGUAUGAGGCAAAGAAAAAAUUACUUUGAGAAGCUCCACAGUGAUGGUGAAUUAAGAAAAUCAGAAAUAGUAUCAGAUCCCCAAAUGGGCACAUUUAUAGGCCUACAUUUGCGCGCAGGCCAGGUAGCCUAGGCCUACUUCUAUGUGUUACAAGGUGCGUGUCCUUACUCAAGAUUGACAGGCGCGCUCCAAACAAAAGACAAUGAAUAAAUUAACAACUCAGAAAUAAACGUAGGUUGUGCGCUCUGCAAACAACGCGUCCACUCCGACAAUGACAACGGUAAGACUGUAAUAAUAAUAAUACAUUGAAUGCAUUAACAGAAAAAAAGCAUUAACAGAAAUUACCAUAAACAAACAUUGUAAUUAGAAAUGAUGGUAAUUAACGGUAAAUGUACUAGUGGUGGUACUGGUGUGCCAUCCCCGCGGUCUCCAAUGGAUUAGUCCACUGAGACAGGCGUCAAUCAGACCGGUGUCGUGUGCCAUAUAUUUAAAAAAAUAUAUUUGCCACUGUGAAAACUAAGUGCAGACAGCCAUUCUGAUUCUGUGUUGAAUCAUAGAGCACGGCACCUACUGCUUUCGGCCGUUCAUCGUCCCGGUGUGUGCAGCCUCAGACAUGAAUGUCAAUGCAUUUGCAGAUUAAUUAACACACACACACACACACACACCAUGCAUUCACGUGAAAGUUAGUCUGUCAAUAGAAUACCUCUGUGUGUACUAUACAUUUGGUGCUUAAUGUGUGUGUUUUUUCCAGGCUGCAGGACAGGAUCACGGUGUACCCCGCUGAUGUGGUUCUGUUUGAGGGCAUUCUGGUAUUCUACUCUCAGGAAGUGAGGGACAUGUUUCACAUGAAGCUCUUUGUGGACACUGACUCUGAUGUCAGGCUGUCCCGCAGAGGUACUACUGAAACACACACACACCUAACAAGGGGAUUGUCACAUGCACGUCCACUUCCAUACUCAUACACACACUUUUCUCUAGCAUAUUUGAUGAAUAUACUGAAUUGUCACAUUUGUCUUGGUCCUGACCUGGUUGUUGUUGUUGUCUUGGUCCUGACCUGGUUGUUGUUGUUUUGGUUUUGACCUGCAGUUCUGCGGGACAUGAAGAGAGGCAGAGACCUGGAGCAGAUCCUUAACCAGUACACCACGUUUGUCAAGCCAGCCUUCGAGGAGUUCUGUUUGCCUGUAAAUGUCCAGCAGAGCCACACACCCUCACCAUACACCGAUGAUAACUAACAGAUAAUGGACACUUUCAUUCAUUAUUAAUAGGGCUAAUUAUGGACAUUUAAAAGAUAAUGACACAUAUAACACCCAGUGACUAAUUUAUAUUAUGUUCUAAAUGCAGUCUUUUGAGAGCAUUAGCUACCAAAUUUAGAUUGAUUAGUUAUUUUCCCCCCCAGACCAAGAAAUAUGCAGCUGUAAUUAUUCCUCGAGGAGUUGACAACAUGGGUAAGUUAUAGCACUCUGAUGAAGCCUUCAGACUCAUACCCUCUCCAUAUCCCUCUCUCUCCACACUCCUCCCUCCCUCCAUCUCUCUUAUUAAUCUGCCUCUCAUGCUCAGUGGCCAUCAACCUCAUCGUGCAGCACAUCCAGGACAUCCUGAAUGGGGACCUCUGUAAGUGGCACCGUGGAGGAGUGGUGAAUGGGCACAGCCGGGGCUUCAAGCGGGCCAUCUCGGAGCAGGGGGACCUGGAUAACGCCACCUCCAACCUCCCCCUAGGGAGCCCAGCAGUCGCCCCCACUUUUAAAUGGAAGAUCAGUUCUUGUUCACAUCAUGUUUCUACAGUGACAGGCAUAGCAUGAUUUGUCAAUCAAGAUUUGGUUGGUGAGGUGAUCAGAACACUGGUACUCAGGGCCCGUAUCCACAAACCAUCUCAGAGUAGGAGUGCUGAUGGAUCAGUGCUGAUGGAUCAGUUUUGCCUUUUAGAUAAUGAAUAAGAUUAUAUGGAUAGUUUAUAAAGUUCAGACUGACUCUUCACCCUGACUCUUCUAAUAAACGGUAUCAUUAUUUUACUGUCAAUGAUCUGUAUGCAGGUGUGCUCAACCAGGUCAACAAAGAGGAUAUCCAAGGUAGCCUAUCAUAAAGGUGUUGUCCUAGUGACCUGCCCAGGAUGUGAAAAACACCACAUUAUUGCUGACAACUUGGGUUGGUUCUCUGACCUGAAGGGAAAGAGGUUGGUGGCCAAGUUAAUGUAGUUGUGAACAUUUUACAUGCAUGCACAGUAUUACAAUGUUAUGCAGGCAGGGCACUCUCGCGUCACCUCAGGUAGCGCAAACCCACACUCGUUCAGAGCCCUCUGCUGCGCAUUUCACCAUCCACGUCAACUUCCCUGAUUACACGGUAGUUCCCCAGUGUAAGGCGCUGGUCGAUUCAGGCGCAGCUGGGAACUUUAUGGACAGGUCUUUAGCUAAUAGUCUACGUAUUGUCUCCUGUAGCUCAGUUGGUAGAGCAUGGCGCUUGCAAUGCCAGGGUUGUGGGUUCGAUUCCCACGGGGGGCCAGUAUGAAGAAGAAAAAAAAAAUGUAUGCACUCACUAACUGUAAAUCACUCUGCUAAAUGACUUAAAUGUAAAUGUAUUUCCCCUAUUGAUAGUGACAUGCACAGAAGAGAAAUGGAACUGCAGUCAUAGUGAAUCAUAAGUGAAUACCGUAUUAAUAGGCUGUAACGUUUGUGUGGACUAAAGGGCCCUACACACUUCACGCAAACCCAGCAUAAUAUUCACAGGUAGUUCUAGGUACUUUUGUGUGACUCAGAUUUUGGAACGGACCAUAUACGACGCUCCUUCGCUCUGUUUGCAUGCAGCCUCCUUAAGACUUGAGUAUUAUUCCUGAAUAUAUAUUUUUUUUAUUCAUGGUUUGUUUUUUUCCCUACAGGAACAUUGAGGAAAUCCUUGCAGCGAAAGGGGAGAAAGUGAAGAGGGUAGAAGGAGAGGCGGCCUUCGAGAUUGUUGUAGACAAGUCCGGCAAGGAUUCAACACAGACUGCUCAAGAUGCAGAUGCAAAGAAACCUUCACCAGAGUCUGAUGACUCAGGGAAAUCAUGACUAACUCUCUGUGUGUGUAUGCGCAUACAUGCAUUUGUCGAUGGACUGAUCACAACAAGGACACCAUUCUCUAUGAGUGAGAAAUAGCAAUUACUAAAUAAAUGCAACACUGCUUUUGAUAUUUAUAUCUCUAUAUUGUUUUCAUAACAUGUUGGUCAUUUCUUAUCACACUAUUUUAUACCAACUGAACACUAGUGUCAGAAUAUUAUUUGGGUUUACACCAAUCCUACAACUACUGCACUGAUCACACUCAAACAGAAAAGGCUGAUGCUUGCAAUUCAUUUUUAUUGUAAAGUUGUAUGAUAUAAAGCAGGAAAAAUUAACAUCCAAAAGCCCAUUUAGGGCCAUGGCAAACUGCCUAUAAUGGACGCUCUCCCUCUUCCUCCAUUGUUCCCUCCAGCAGCUCAUUAAAGCAAUGCUGUCAAUCCACACGGAAGCAGAACAUAGUGCUCCUGUAAAACAACAAACAGUCAUUGAACGAAUGGGAUUCACAGUAAUACAUUUGUCUUAUAAUUUUAAAUAAUGAAGCCGAGUUCUGGAGCCCCCAUCCUCUUAUCACAAGCCCAAGCACUUACCUCAUCUGUUCUUCUGUCUUUUCCUCUCCCUCCCUCCCUUUCAUCCUCUCCUAUUGAUGCUUCAUCAGAUAAAGUGACCUCAUAUGCCACAAUCUGUUUCAGGAAAAAAUAAACAUCCGAAAGCCCACUUACAUGAGGUGAAUAAUCACAUGAGAUCAGGAAUUGUAGUUUUUGAGUUGAAAGACAUUGCAUAAAUGCACUUCUGUCAACACUAAUACAGUUGUCUACAGAGAACAGGCUUUGAUCGUAAACACUUACCUAAUGUAGUCAUCCAAAUGUGCUCCUCCUCCAACCCUCCCAUCCUUUCCAAUUGAUGCUUCUACAGAUCUGUUUCUAUGGCUGCUCUUUUCAUCUACCUCAGACUGGAAGUCUGCCUCUUCGGAAUGCAUUAGCUAGGUUCCAGUUGGGAUAGCUAAUUUGCCCAUAUGUCCAUCUCCUCUCUAUUACUCUUAUGAAACGGUUUCACCUCUUUUCUCUUGGUCUCUGUUUAUCUUGUCUUCUUCUGCCUCUGAGUAUUGCCCUCCCCCCUUGCGUUUUCCAUAACUUUCUUUUGAUCCACUUAGCUCUUCUUUACUGCUAAUCUCAUUGACCUUUUAUCCCAUGGUCCGUCCUGAUUCUGUCCAUCAGGACUUGAAUUCUAUAUCUCCUAUUUCCCUCCUGAUAAACCACUCUGGUCUCCCUUCCUCCUCUCAUGUUUUCUCCUCUUCACCCUCAUGCCUGGCUCUGUAUUAUUCCCCCCCCUUUUGCACCUUUUCCAGUUUUGUUGUUAGUUUUUUGCCUUAAAUAUAAAAAUGUUUGUUUAUUUACAUCUAUUAACAUACCUAAGAGCAUUGACAACAUUUCUUUCUUCCUUUGUCUGCUCGCUUUUCUUUCGUCAUCUACUCAAAAGUUGUCAACGCCUCGUCCGCCUCAUUCUUCUGCUUCUUCCUUGUUCUCCUCUUGGCAGACUGUGCGUGAGCGGUCUCUGGACACUGCUCCCUCUCUUCCGUCCACAAAGAUGUAAACGCUGUGACCGGGUAUGGCACCACCUGUUUUGCUCUCUGUGUCUGCCCUUUUUUCUCAUACUUCGCACGCCUCUUUUCUCUUUCAAUCUGUGCAAUCCGCUCUUCUCUCUCAUACAGUUUCUCCAUCUCCAUCUUGAACCUGGCCUCGUCAUCUUUUAUUCUUUGAAGCUCUGCUCUCUUCUUAUCCUCGUCCCAUAUCCUUUUCUGCCUUUUCUUCUCCUCCUUCUCUUGUUCCUGCUGUAUCUUCAAUCUCCUUUUCUUCUCCUCCUUCCUCCUUUUCUCUUCUUUCUCUUGUGCCUUUUGCUGCAUCUCCAGCACCUUCAUUCUCUCCUUUUCCCUGUUCUUCUCCUCCUCCAUCCUCUGUUUCUCAAUCUUUUUCAACUCCUCUGCCCUCUUUUUCUCCCUCUUUUUUUCUUUCUCCACCCUCUUUUUCUCUUCUUUUUCACGGGCCUUCUGUUGCAUCUGCUGCUUCUUCAUUUCUUUUUUUUCUCUCUUUUUCUCUUGCUCUUGUCUCUUUUUCUCUUGUUCGAUCUUUAGUUUCAUCUCUGCCUUCUCCCUUUUCAUCUGCUCCUCUAACUUCUUUUUUUCCAUCUUUUCUGUCAUUUUCCUUUCCUCCUCAACCGAUUUCUUCUGUCUCUUUUCCCACUUUUUUAGCUCUUCUUCCCUGUCUUUCUCCGCCUUCCUUUCUUUUUCCUUCCCACUUUUCAUCUUCAACAUCUCUUCAUUUUUCUUAGCCUCGUCCUUGAAAUAUUUAAUCCUCUCUGCGUAGCUCAUGGCAUUAAGUUCUUCUUUCCCUAGGCUCGCCAUCAUAGACAUUGCAUUUGCGGUUGCAUAUCUCCCUUCCAUUGUACGACUAUCAAUCUUCUUCCUCUCCCUCUCACCAUAAGGAUCCCUGUGUAGACAUCUCUGUUGUUGUCCACUCAUGCUCUCCUCACUUUCACUACUCCCCUCCUCACUUGUGUCCUCACUCAUACUCUGAGACACAUCCUCCUGAGACAAGCGCAAGGGCGUCACAGCCUUCUCAGUGGUGUCGCAGAGCGCCUUGAUGUAGUCAGCUUCUGAGUUCACCCUGUGAGCAAGUGGGCACAGCUCCUCGUAAAUGGAGCUCCACGUGAGUGAAUCCUCACAAACGUCGUCAGGCAGGUAUAGGUCAGAUGACUGCCUCUUGAGCACAUUCACAACCUCUGCUAGGUCCUGCUGGGUGGCCCCCUGAGUGUCCUCUUGGACGACCACUGGCGUGGCAUCUGUGGUGGCCUCUGGGCUGGCCGGACGCUCGGGGGCUGUGGCAGGGGUCUUGGAUUGUCCUACUGCAGAGGAGCAGGAGGCCUCAGUGUCAUCGUUCUUGUCAUAGUUGUUUAUCCUUUUCUUCAGAAUCUCUUCCUUUCUCUUUUGGGCCAUCCUCUCUUUCAGCUGCGCUUUAUACAUAUUCUCAAUUUCUGCACCUCUCCGUUGAACUUCCUCAGACAAUUCCUCAGACGAUGCAACCUCUGACCUCUUGACCUUAUCCUUGACCUUUGCCUGGUCAGUCAAUGGGGACCUGGGGUGGACAUGCGGAUGGGUCUGCCUCAGCUGGGCAGGAGGGCCGGGAGCCAGAAGGUGGAAUGGGACAGAAAAUCUGUGUGAAGCGUGUGGGUGCGACGUCUUGGACGGAGAAUGAGGCCGUUUGUCAGGGGAGGUGCAGCUCUGUGUGACCAGAGGGGGAAAGAUUGAGUGUUUCUUAGCCGGGUUCUUCUGGGUGGCGGCGGCAUGCUGGUCACACUCCGAUUGGCUUUUGGUGAGGUACCUGUGGAGAUUGUACCUGGGGAGAGCUGGCAGUGUCGGGGAGACGGGACAAAGAAUGGAGGAGGUGGAGCGCUGCUUGAUCACCCCUUUAUCUACCCCAAUCUGUAUGAUGACAGACACAUUUUUAUUACUUAAUAGCUUGAUGGUCCAUGUUAUUACUAUCUUAAAACAAUUAUAUGUGUAUGGGUAGUACAUAUUAUAGAGAAAACAUUUUAUUACUGUAUAUUAGCUUAUUAGGAAAAUGGGAUCGUCCACACUUUUGGAUUUAUUCUUUUUCAACUCUUCUAGGAAUGCAGACCUUCCUGAGAAUACUACCAGUGCAGAAUGCAGACCUUCCUGAGAAUACUACCAGUGCAGAAUGCAGACCUUCCUGAGAAUACUACCAGUGCAGAAUGCAGACAUUCCUGAGAAUACUACCAGUGUGCAGUUUUUUUUUAUUGCUGUCUUAUUUCACUAUUCAAACUAUUUAGAUCUAAUUUCCGUGUAUCAGGAUUGGGAACAUCUCAAAGCAACUACAGUAUAUCUACUGAGAAGUCUGAUUUAAGAAAACUGCUCGUUACCUCCUCCAACAACUUGUGCAGCCUAAAUAUUUCUCCAUACAGCGCCUUUAUCUCCCUCAUGUUUCCUCGCUCAGUUCUCCAUGUCUCUUUAGCCAAUCUCCAAUGGGCGAGCUCAAGGUCAUGGAUAUCCUCCCGCAUGCCUAGUUCAACCUGUGUCCCCUUCUCAUUGUGCCUCUUCUUUUUCCUCUUCUUCGGGGUUGAAUCGGUGUUCUCCUUGCCCUGCCUACACACCUUUGGGGCAGUAGGGAUAUUGAGAAUAGAACAUGGUAUAUUUUGUUUUACUCAUUGGAUUAUUAUGUGCCUUCCAUCGUUUUCCGUUGAUAUAGAAUAUCAAGAAGGUAUAAUGUUGACACUAGAUCAAGCCGUAGUUAGUACGAAGUUUACACUGAUUGGCCAUAAAUGAUUAGUCUGGACCACUUUAGAGAUCAUAGAGUUAGCCUGCAGAUGGGACUUACAGUAUGGCUGGGGAGUUGUGAGGAGUUGUGAGGGUGGUUUGGUCUGAGCCUGUGGAGUUCGUUAGUUCCUGUGCAGAAAUCGUCCCGUGCAGUCCGAUUUGCCCAUGGCUAGAAAUUAAAAUGAGGACAAACAUGCAGUCAGUAAUGAGGUUAUCAUUAUACAAGCUUGUUAUUUUCAAUCUUAGAAAAGCUCAUAGGCCUAAAUGUCAAAAUGAUGAUUUUAAAGCGCUGGAGUUUUGACUGAGGGGGUGAGAGAAAAGGGAUUCUAACCAUUCUUAUGAUGAGCCUUGGGAAGGAGAACUUUCCCAUAGUUCCCUCAAUUACUGUAAUCCUGAAAAAGAUACAAUAUGGCUUAAAAAUAUUAUUAUAUUAUUUAAAUAAACUCAAUUAAAUUGUGCCACAAAGUAGGACUACUAUAGCAAUGGUUUUGACCCUGAAUUGAACUUAAGUGUUGCCGUAAUGUGACAGUAACGCUAUGGCAAACCAUUUAGGCUGUCAACAUAUCUGAACACAGUCAUUUAUGACAUCAUGAUUGUGAUGUAAUGUGAUGCCAUGGGAGACCACACCCACUCUGACAGACAAAUCACCAGAGCCAAAUAGGCCUAUUUUCAAUUACCUUAACCAAUUAACCCACUUCUAUGGUUGAAAUACAGUAUAUUUUGUAGUAGUAAGCUCAUAAACAUAGUAAAAACCACACUGCAACAAUGUGUAUCACUUCACAGCUACUGUCCAUGAUACAUGAGCGGGUGUCCUCUGAUUGUGUCCUAAAAUUGCACCCUAUUCCCUACAUAGUGUACUACUUUUGACCAGGGCCGAUAGUGUACUUUAUAGGGUGCCAUUUGGGAUGUACAUAGGACUAUGUAAACAUUACCUUUGUUCAUCCACACAAUCAGUUUUGCCUUGAUAUUAAGUAAUUUUUGCUAAGUGAAAAUUAUUGGACGACAAGAAAGAAAUGUAUUCAUAAGAAAAAAAUAUACACACCUUAUUGUAAUAUCAAUAUAGAUUCCAGUUGUAAAUGGUAUACAUUAUACAACAAGGUAACUCUUCAGGAUGCUUCAGAGAACCAGUAGGCCUAGGCAAUAGAACAUUACAAAAACUGCAUGGUGGCCAAUUUAAUGUAUUAUUGCAACAUUACAGCAUUUUUUUCACACUUAUUUCAUGAGUUUCAAAAUGAGGACCCUUAUUUUGACGUUUUUACAAACAUUAUUUUUCUGAAGGAAGUGCUUGUCCGUGUUCUCGCGUUGUUACACGUAUGAACGUGAACAGAUUAUUGUUUUAUAAAGCACCUAGACUGGGGAGAUUCAGAGUGUUGUUCAACAGUUGAGGGAAACUGAUAUGCUGAUUGUGAAGAAGGUGAAUGUUAUGGUGUUUAUCGCGCAUGUGAUUAAUUGUACUGCACAAACGAACAAAAAGUCCAAGAAACUGGACAUAAUAGUAUCAUCGGCUGAAAGGUUUUUGGGUUUCCAUGACUUCACUGCCCAAACGGUGCAAAGAAUACUGUCCGAAGAUGCUAUUUUUUUCUCAGGCCCCAGAACCUGCAGGGAUGGGCGUUGGCAGUUGAAUCUGAAUAAAGGAGCGCAUUGAUUUUUGUUUUGUAUUAUUUUGUUAAUUAUUUGGGCUGAUAUACAGCCAAAACAGUAGGUGGCGGCAUGCACCAAUAGCAUUUGUUUGCGGACCGCCAUAAUAUCAAAGAAGAGGACCCCGUACAGAGGUGGCGGCAAUACACAAAUAGGUGUAGUCUUCCAUAAAUCUUUAUAGAAGAAGAAGAAGAAGGCAGCAAGCUAGCUAAACAAGCGUGCUGUUACUCGACAAAUUGCCCCGAUAUGACUGCUAUCAGACCGUUCGAGAUGGAGCGGCCAAGACACCGGCCGUUUCUGAUCGGUGUUAGCGGAGGAACGGCCAGUGGCAAGGUAGGUAACUAAUAAUAGCUAGCGUGCCUUAUCUAGCUGUAUGGGUUAGUAAGAGCCAAUUUAUGCUUGAUCCGAAAAUGUGGUCGGAGGCGUCGUAAUGGUGGUGGCCAGAUUGAGCUCUGUACGGCAUCGCCGUGUUGUAACAAUGCGGAAGGCUCCGUAUAGCUCCGCAUUGACAUGAUUGAGGGCGGAAGGUCCUGUGUAAACACAAACUCACUAACUUGACAACUUCCUUCACAUCAGCUCUGCGCCGCGAAGCAUGAAUGCCUUGACUUCUGCAGAGGCCAUAUCACCGUAAAUACUGCACGGCAGAUCAGAUAUUGACCAUGAAGCGCCUUUAAUUUUAGGUCACAUCAACAAACAGUAACGUUAGUCGGAAACGUUAGCUUUCGUUGCCCCAUGCACUGAGAGCAGACACGCCCCUGUACCAAAACGUGAUAACAAUUUGUAUUUUCUUUGGCCUAAUAAUUUACGAACGUCUGUUUUCAUAAAUUUAAGGCACUUAAAGUUAGCUAGCUAAUGGUAUACAGCUAGCUAGCUAUCUAGUUAGAAUUAUUGCACACUCUUAGCUUGGUUGUGAUGAAUGACUAGUGUGACUGAACUGAAACGUUUGAGCUGAUAUGAUUGAACUGUGGCGUUUGACCCUGCAAAAUACUGGUUAAACAAUUAGACUGAAAUUAUUUGGUUUAUUGUUGAAAUAUAAAUAUGCACCAACUUUAACUAAUUAGGUGGGAAUGAUUUGAUUUAAAUAAAUAGACUAAAGUACUUUAAAUAACGGCAGAAUAUUGGGCGGUAAGAUAGGAGAGGGAGGUGAGGUGGGGGUCGGGUGUUGUAGCAGUUGCUAGGCGACCUUUGCAUGUAUAAAUUAGGGAGAGAAAAAGAGUUUGUGUCACAGUGUGUGGCUAGCCUGUCUGAUGACUCCAGCAGAACGUGAACAGGGGACCAGUCAGAGGUUGUGUGGUGUGGCUAGCCUGUCUGAUGACUCCAGGGGAAUGUGAACAGGGGACCAGUCAGAGGUUGUGUGGUGUGACUGCCAUGAGCUAGCUGCCUGUCCCUCCCUGAGUCUGGUAAAUACCCAAAACAAUCUCCAAAGAAAAUGCCAUACCUCGCCAUAACUGCAGAAACAGAGAUAUGGCAUGGCUGGCUGUUUUAAUUAUUUAAAAGUUAACAUUUUAGAAGACACUUUUAUCCAGAGCGACUUCCAGUAGUGAGUGCAUACAUUUCCGUUCUCUUCUUUUCUUUCAUACUGGUCCCCCAUGGGAAUCGAACCCACAACCUUGACAUUGCUCUACCAACUGAGUCACAAGGGACAACAUUCAUGGCUUGUGGGGCCAUGUGUGGUGCCGUCUGCAGAUUAUGGAGCAUGUAUCUAAGGGCUGGUAGCUAACCUGUAGACUACUCCGCCCUCAUGUGAACUAAGAUGAGGGAAACGGAUCACAAUUCUAAAACUGAGAAAGAACCCUAACUAGGAACGACCAUUUCCAUUUUAGUCAUUUAGCAGACACUCUUAUCCAGAGCGACUUACAGUUAGUGAGUGCAUACAUAUUUAAUUUUUUUCAUACUGGUCCCCUGUGGGAAUCGAACCCACAACCCUGGCAUUGCAAACGCCAUGCUCUACCAACUGAGCUGAACGGGACCAUUGAUGAGGGCAACAUUAAAUUGAUACAUAAAGAACACAUAAUGUAGGGACGAUUUCUAAUUUAUGCACACUCACUUUUCUCACUUACUUACUUAAAUGUACCAUUGAUAUCAGUGCAUGAUUUACACCAAACUGAGUUACUUAUAUAAAAACACAUGUAAAGUUUUUGGCCCAAGUAAUGGUCCCAUAGUGUGUUUGUCAUUGAGUUUAUGUGUGGAGUGUGACAGCAGCCUGUGUUACCUUGUGUUGUGUAGCAGUGCUUUAACAGGUGAACUGAUCCUGUUAGUGGCUUAGUGUUGAGCUAAAUCAGAUUAGCUUUCUUCAGUCACCUAGCCUAUGGAGCUAUGGAGGCCCGUAGCCCACCCACACUGAGCUUGGUCCCGUUUUCUCUCUCUCUCUCUCUCUCUCUAAAUUCAAAGGGGUUUUAUUGGCAUGGGAAACAUAUACUGCCAAAGCAAGUGACUCAAGUGAAUUACACAAGCAAGUAAUUAACUCUUUCCUUUAUUCAGAAACGACAAAACAGGUCCAAUUCCUUCAAGCAUCACAAAACACAGUGGGAACUCAAGCCAUGCAUCAAAUUACCGAUUGCUUUAAUUCGAUUCACCCCUGUGGCUACAGUAGUCCAUGAGGCAUAGGAGGUUGGAUGUUUUUGUCCCCUCAGGAGUAAGAGCUCAAUUCUAAAUAGCCUUUGUCUCAAAUGGCACCCUAUUCCCUACACAGUGCAUUACGUUUGACCAGGGCAUAGGGCUCUCGUCAAAAGUAGUGCACUAUAUAGGGAAUAGUGUGCCAUUUGGGACACAGGCUAAAUCCCCUUGUUGUCCCUUGGCUGGUUCCACUACCAAGCCCACUGAGACAGACCAGCCGGUCGUCUCUAGUCUUACCUGAUCUGUAGGGCCACACUGGUCACUCUAAUCUAACCUGAUCUGUAGGGGCCCGCUGGACCCUUAUUGUUGUCAGAUGAUGGUCAUAAUGGAGUAAUCUCUGAGAAAUAGAUUGAUUUCUACUGUAAUCUCCUAAACCCAAGUGACCUUUACAACUAUGGCUGGCUGCUUCAGGCUUUGAAAUAAGGGAGCAACAUAGAGCUUACUUAGGUUUCUCUUUCUCUUCCUUCAGCAAACAUUAUGGUAGUGCCUGUUACUUAUCCAGGUCUUUAUUCAGUAGUAGGCUACCUGUAGCUAUUUGAUUUGGGUUUGUGUUAAACUGUAGGGUAACGUAAAACAACCAAAUGUUUGGGAAAAUGACUUCGGAACAGUGAAUUUUUUGCUAAACCUCACAUUCAAACCAACAUAAUGAGGCAUGAUACACUUGUUUUAGACCACCACACGAUUACAUCACUGUGCCAGAGGAACAGGGUACGCUCUGUGUGUUUUCAUAAGGAAACAAACAAUACAAUCACUAGACCUCCAUCCAUAUUAUUGUGACAUUUCUGUUAAGCCAUUUGAGAACUUUACAACAAAAUGUCUCAAGUAGCUAUUCGCUUUUGAUUUUCCCAUACAAUAACACCUGAGUGUAUUUUCAGAGGGAAACAUUUAAGAAAAAACGAUUUAUCAAAUAAGAAGCCAAACAUUUUGGUCUGAAGUGUAGUGGCCAAUAUCAAUAAAGUAGGCCUAUAUAUACUUAUCCAAAGCUCUCAGUUAACAGUCAAUCAUUUUCUAGAACUAUUUUUCUCUACCACUUUGAGAGGGCAUUUCAGUCAUAACCUUGUGUUAUAGUUGGGUUUUGUUUAGCUUGGAAUGAAUAUCUCUUGAUUAUGUUUUCUAUUUUUCCAAUACCAGAUUUGAAUUACGCAAUUUCUAACAGUUGUCAUGCAGGAAUAGGAGAACUCGUGAUGUGAUGUGACAUCGCUAAUGAAAUGGGGACGUCUCUUGCCACCAAGCCAUCAAUUAAACUAACGUUAGUGUCUUGUUUUCUGUCUGUGAGAUUAUUUUGAAAUGUGUCAGCUACUGCUCUCUGCUCCAACCUCAUCAUCAAACUGAAAAUAUGCCAAAUGUCAAUACAUUUCCUGCGUGUGACAGGUCUUUAACAUGGUAUAUUACACACAAUUCAUGGAAACUUUACUCAACUCACAAAAUGUUGAAAUACACAUAACCCCUUUCUAUGUGAUAGAUUUAGCUAAACUGUGCUAAUCUAGGAAAUAAUAAACCUGUCUGUUUUUUAGUCAACAGUAUGUGCCAAAAUCAUGGAGUUGCUGGGCCAGAACAAGGUGGACCAUCGUCAGAGGAAAGUUGCUAUCGUCAGCCAAGACAGUUUUCUACAGAGUCUUGACACCUGACCAGAAGGCCAAGGCACUCAAGGGCCAUUACAACUUUGACCACCCAGGUGGGGGUGGCAGGUAGCUUAGCGGUUAAGAGCGUUGGGCCUAAAGAUUGGACCGAAAGGUCGCUGGUUAGAAUCCCUGAAUUGCUCCUGUAAGUCGCUCUUGAUAAGAGCGUCUGCUAAAUGACUAAAACGUAAAUGUAAAAUGUACUACAGGCCUGUAUGAAUUGUAAUAACAUAAGUAUAAUCGUUGUAAUAACAUAAGCUCUCAGUCAGUCACUUAUCACUUAGAUAACGUGGAUUUAGUUAAUCAUGGCGUUUAAUGAAUCUUUGCUAGAAUUAUAAAUGGCUAAUGUUCUGGCUGAACAGUGUAAUUGAGUUAAUAACCUUAAUGUUUAUUACAGAUGCUUUCGACAAAGAGUUGAUGUACCAAACCCUGAAGGAUAUUGUGGAGGGGAGUGUGGUGGAGGUGCCGACAUAUGACUUUGUCACGCAUUCCAGGUGAGAAGGAAACAUUCCAUCCAGACCCAGUGUACAGAAAUGCCCCUUCUUGAAUUCAGACAGACGGGAUCAAAAAUGCCCACCCUCCACAUUCCAGAGCUCAGAUAGAUGACCCUUGACCUAAAGAAAAAGAAAAACCAAAAGAACUGGGUGUAUUCAUUAGUCUGAUUUCAUUGCAUUAGUCUGUUGCAAAACAUUUACUCCAAACUGAAAACUGAAUAAAAUCAACUAUAUGUAGGCUACGGAGCUUGUCUGAUGGUUUAAGCACUGCGAUUAAAAAUGAAGACACACAAAUGACUAAAGAGGGAGCCAGAGAUCAAUAUAGCCUAACCAGAAUUUUAAAAAAAAUGUUACUGACCCCCCCUCCUCCCUCUACUGCUGGUCUUCGCAGAUUCUGCCGUUACGCUCCUGAAGUUGCCGGUAAUAGGCUACGCCAGCGGUCGGUAACCUUUUCCAUUUGGAGUGCCAAGUUAUCGUACCAUUUCUACUGAACUGCGUGCGUGCCAGUUAUGAUUUUCAUUUUCGUAGAACAGUUUCAUUUAAUUUAUAAUAGUCUUCAAAACUCAAAAUCAAUGUUGUGGUUAAUCAACAUUGAAAAUGAUACAAAUCUAAAAGUAACUUCUAUUGCCAUUGCCAACUAUGUAAAAAUAGCCUACAUAAAGCCAACAAAUAAAAACAUUGCAGCCUGCAGGUAGAAAAUAUCCUGAUAAAAAUAAAUAUACUAUAAAUUCCAUUGGCUAACGCAUGGCCUGUCUGCAAGGAACUUAAAACAUUGUAUCAACUAUUAACUUGGUCCAGCCUGAUGCUCGUGCUAGCAAACUUGCAAACAUUGUAUAAAAUGUUUUGGGCCCUCAGUUUCCUGUGCCAGUGAGUUCCGGACAGACAGACAACAGCUGUAGGCUAUUUUGCGCAAGGGAUAAGAAGUAAUCAGGUAGGCCUAUAUUGUGACGUUUCCACUGGAUCAGAGGAUGACAUUUAUUUUGCCUUUCAUGCUGUGUGGUUAUCGAAAGGGAGAGAGCUGGAAAUAAUUUUGAAAUAGGCUACGUUGAGGAACUAUUGUCAUUUUCAAUGGAUGUAAAAACAGACUUCAUUUACUUGCUGUAUGAGGCAAAGAAAAAAUUACUUUGAGAAGCUCCACAGUGAUGGUGAAUUAAGAAAAUCAGAAAUAGUAUCAGAUCCCCAAAUGGGCACAUUUAUAGGCCUACAUUUGCGCGCAGGCCAGGUAGCCUAGGCCUACUUCUAUGCGUUACAAGGUGCGUGUCCUUACUCAAGAUUGACAGGCGCGCUCCAAACAAAAGACAAUGAAUAAAUUAACAACUCAGAAAUAAACGUAGGUUGUGCGCUCUGCAAACAACGCGUCCACUCCGACAAUGACAACGGUAAGACUGUAAUAAUAAUAAUACAUUGAAUGCAUUAACAGAAAAAAAGCAUUAACAGAAAUUAACAUAAACAAACAUUGUAAUUAGAAAUGAUGGUAAUUAACGGUAAAUGUACUAGUGGUGGUACUGGUGUGCCAUCCCCGCGGUCUCCAAUGGAUUAGUCCACUGAGACAGGCGUCAAUCAGACCGGUGUCGUGUGCCAUAUAUUUUUAAAAAUAUAUUUGCCACUGUGAAAACUAAGUGCAGACAGCCAUUCUGAUUCUGUGUUGAAUCAUAGAGCACGGCACCUACUGCUUUCGGCCGUUCAUCGUCCCGGUGUGUGCAGCCUCAGACAUGAAUGUCAAUGCAUUUGCAGAUUAAUUAACACACACACACACACACACCAUGCAUUCACGUGAAAGUUAGUCUGUCAAUAGAAUACCUCUGUGUGUACUAUACAUUUGGUGCUUAAUGUGUGUGUGUUUUCCAGGCUGCAGGACAGGAUCACGGUUGUACCCCGCUGAUGUGGUUCUGUUUGAGGGCAUUCUGGUAUUCUACUCUCAGGAAGUGAGGGACAUGUUUCACAUGAAGCUCUUUGUGGACACUGACUCUGAUGUCAGGCUGUCCCGCAGAGGUACUACUGAACACACACACACCUCACAAGGGGAUUGUCACAUGCACGUCCACUUCCAUACUCAUACACACACUUUUCUCUAGCAUAUUUGAUGUAUAUACUGUAUUGUCACAUUUGUCUUGGUCCUGACCUGGUUGUUGUUGUUGUCUUGGUCCUGACCUGGUUGUUGUUGUUUUGGUUUUGACCUGCAGUUCUGCGGGACAUGAAGAGAGGCAGAGACCUGGAGCAGAUCCUUAACCAGUACACCACGUUUGUCAAGCCAGCCUUCGAGGAGUUAUGUUUGCCUGUAAAUGUCCAGCAGAGCCACACACCCUCACCAUACACCGAUGAUAACUAACAGAUAAUGGACACUUUCAUUCAUUAUUAAUAGGGCUAAUUAUGGACAUUUAAAAGAUAAUGACACAUAUAACACCCCAGUGACUAAUUUAUAUUAUGUUCUAAAUGCAGUCUUUUGAGAGCAUUAGCUACCAAAUUUAGAUUGAUUAGUUAUUUCCCCCCCCAGACCAAGAAAUAUGCAGAUGUAAUUAUUCCUCGAGGAGGUUGACAACAUGGGUAAGUUAUAGCACUCUGAUGAAGCCUUCAGACUCAUACCCUCUCCAUAUCCCUCUCUCUCCAUCUCCUCCCUCCCUCCAUCUCUCUUAUUAAUCUGCCUCUCAUGCUCAGUGGCCAUCAACCUCAUCGUGCAGCACAUCCAGGACAUCCUGAAUGGGGACUCUGUAAGUGGCACCGUGGAGGAGUGGUGA